UCAGAGAAUUCAUUUGAUUAAAAAGACAGUUCGCAGGCUGCUCAAAUUAAAAAAAAAUGUUUAACAAAAAAAUAAAGAAUUAUCUUUUCAAUAUUCUGACAUACAGUGCGUGCUUAUAUUUUGCGUGCAAUACCAUUGGGAAAAUAAAGAAACCAGACAAUGAACCGAAUCAGCGGCGGAAAGAUGAAUAUGCCAUUUAUAUGUCACUUUUAAAUUCAGUAAUAAUAGUAUGUUUAAUAAUGAUCCUUGUACCCAGUCUACAAAUAACGGGCAUUAUAAACAGACGCCAUCAAUUGAUGCUUCCCUGGAUGAUACUUAAUGCCAUUGGUUUCGAUGUCAACAGAUCUCGUUUCGGUUUUGUCAUAAUUCUUGUCAUUGUCGCAGUUAUUUCCCUAUCUACAAAUGUAGGAAUACUGGUUUCGGAUUUAGUUCUAAUUGCUGGUAUUCUAGCUUUGAUCAUUUAUGCUUUGCAUAAAGAUAUACGCAAAGAGAAAAGUCAAAUGCCAGGUCGAGUAAUUAGAGGCAGCCAGAUCGGUUAUUAUUAAACUUAAAUUUGAUUUUAAUUGUUCAUAAGUUUUCUAUCUAAACAUGUCUAAUAAAUACAUUUUUGUUUCAAGUUUAA